UGACCUCCACAGUUGUUCUUCAACAGUGGGAGGACAGAGCGAAGAGUAUUUAGUUCCCAAGGAAUGCAAAACUGCCCACGCAAACUACACAGCCUCAGAGAUGAGACUGCCAGAUCCGAACAAACAGAAGGCUCCCUAUAUAAGUAGCAGCCAGCCAGCAGGCAUCACAUCCCCAGGCAUUCCAGGGCCAUCUGUCCCCACCACCAAGGCCAUGAUGUCUUCAGGGACCAUCUGCAGUCUGCUACUCCUUGGCGUGCUCUGGAUGGACGUGGCCAUGGCAGGCUCCAGCUUCCUGAGCCCAGAGCACCAGAAAACCCAGCAGAGAAAGGAAUCCAAGAAGCCACCAGCCAAACUGCAGCCACGAGCUCUAGAAGGCUGGCUCCACCCAGAUGGCAGAGGACAGGCAGAAGGGGCAGAGGAUGAGCUGGAGAUCAGGUUCAAUGCUCCCUUCGACGUUGGCAUCAAGCUGUCAGGAGCUCAGUACCAGCAGCAUGGCCGGGCCCUGGGAAAGUUUCUCCAGGACAUCCUUUGGGAAGAGGUCAAAGAGGAGCCAGCUGACAAGUGACCACUGACAUGACUGGUCCACUGUGCUUUCCUAUGGUCUUAGCCUCCUCUGUAACUCCCAGACUCUCCUAUUACCUUAAGAAUAAAUGUUCAAACUGUG